AUGGGACCAAUAUACACAGACGCCACCCUAGUCCUCGCCGCUGCUGGUUCGAAUGAUUCGACCGAGGGAUUAUUCAUAACAAAGCGCCAGCAUCCAAACAUUUUCACCCUCCCAUUUUCACCUUAUUCUCUUCGAACGGGGAGGGCUUUGACAUCACAAGGAGAGUACAACUUAGCCAUUCUCUCCCAAGAAUCUUCAACGCCAUCUUUAGGUCCACUACAUCAGCGAGCUUGGGCGUACCAGGAGUGGUAUUUCGCACACCGAAAAGUACUGUUCAUGCCGGGAGGGAUAUCAUGGGCGUGUUCACAUCGAGAAUCACACCGAGAAUACAAUGAACGCUGGAACUACUCAGAGCCUCAAAAGCUUUCAAGUUCCUGGCUGGGAAUUCUAAGCCAAUACACUGCAAAGGCUUUAACAUACCCAUCAGACCGACUAGUUGCGAUUCGAGGCAUCGCAACGGCGAAGACCGGGUCGUCCAAUCUGUUUCGGCACACGCUCUCUAGCGACCAAACAUCUUCUUCCGAGAACGAGGUUGUGGAAGACAGAGCAGCCCUCAUAGAUCUGAAGCCUGUGUUCAGAUUCGGCGUGUGGAAGGCACAACUGGCUGAACAGCUUCUCUGGCUGCCCAUGGAGAAGCCAUAUGAGAAAGAUGAUUUGCCGAACCUUCCGUCAUGGUCUUGGGCCGCCUCGGGGGGUCACAAGGUCUGGCCCAUAAGACACUUGCCAGCUAACGUGCCAGUGAAUAUGACAUGGCCCGUACUUAGAAAAACGGGGGCAAUCCGAUCUACAGGAUUCUUUUUCAUGGUUAAGUUAGGCUCACUGCAGGAAUGCUGCGUCACUUACCUGUCGGAUGAGGUCAAACACGAAAGCAUUGCACCAACCCUGCAACGGUCCGAAAGCAUCGAGCUGGCGUUUCUGUCGAAUAAUUCUGCUGAGCCUGGGAGGCAGUUGAGGAAUUAUCUUUUACGUAGCCCACGCGGCAUUGGAGAAGGCAAUGUUGUCGGCAUGGGAAGGCUUGAUCGGGAUCUUCCGCUCCAAAACAUUUACUUUCUGAUCCUGACCUCGGUUCGCCGUCAAACACUUGAUCUGUGGUAA